GCCGGUGCCGAUAAUAAAAUAUUACUUAAACUCGCAUGGAUGGACAGACCAAUUAAUUAAUAUUGAAUCUAGAAAGAUGAAGAACAUCACACUCGCAUUGUGUAUAGCUGCAUUGGUUCAGCGGUCGGUUUGCUUCCUCGACCUUGGACUGGACCUCCUCGGACUUGGAUCUCCCUAUGCCUUACCAGCAGCCGCUGCCGCGUACCUGCCCCCUGCGCCGGCAUACGCUCUACCUGCCGCGCCACCAGCAUACGCCUUACCCGCCCCCGCGCCGGUGUUGCCACCUACUGCGUUACCAGCUCCCCUGCCCCCCAUUUAUUAUCCAGCGCCAACGCCUAUUAUUGAACCUAUAGUUUUGCCUGCACCAUUGCCUGCCCCCUUACCAGCAUGUGCGCCACUGCCACCACUUUUGCCAGCUCUUCCUGCGGCUCCACCUGCCCCUUUGCCAGCUCUUUAUACAUUACCAGCUCUACCUGCUCCAUUACCUGCUUUCCCUGCCCCACCACCAACCUGCACACCAUUGCCAGCCCUCCCUGCCCCACUACCAGCCCUGCCAGCUCCUUUGCCAGCCCUACCAGCUCCUUUGCCAGCACUCCCUGCCCCAUUACCAGCCCUGCCAGCUUGCUUGCCAGCCUUGCCAGCUCCUUUGCCAGCCCUCCCUGCCCCACUACCAGCCCUGCCAGCUUGCUUGCCAGCCCUGCCAGCUCCUUUACCAGCCCUCCCUGCCCCACUACCAGCCCUGCCAGCUGCUUUGCCAGCCCUGCCAGCUUGCUUGCCAGCCCUGCCAGCUCCUUUGCCAGCCCUGCCAGCUCCUUUGCCAGCCCUACCAGCUCCUUUGCCAGCCCUUCCUGCCCCACUACCAGCCCUACCAGCUGCUUUGCCAGCCCUGCCAGCUCCUUUACCAGCUCUUCCUGCCGCUCUACCAGCUUACGCGCCCUUGCCUGCACCAGUUAUAUCCUACGCCCUGCCUCCGGCGGCGCCUUUGUACUUGUAAGACCUACGUAACA